AUGGACAAUCAUCUUAUCCAACUUGGCUUUGUUGGAAGUCAAAGAGAAGCUACUUUAUAUGUGAAAGACACUGCAGGAAGCAAAAUUAAACUAAUACAAAGGUUCAAGCAUGAAAUGGAGAAAAUCUUUGAAAUGAGUGAUCUUGGAUUCAUGAAGUACUUUCUUGGACUGGAAGUGUUGCAGUUUAGUGACGAAAUUUUCAUAUGUCAUCACAAAUACAUUUCGGAUUAUCUAAAAAGGUUCAAAAUGCAAGACUGCAAACCUGUGAGUACUCCAAUAUCUACUGGUGUGAAGCUUGGAAAGUAUGAGGAAUCCGAAAAAGUGGAUGAUAGUAUGUAUAGAAGCUUAAUUGGCAGUCUUCUAUAUCUAACUGCAAGCAGACCUGACAUUCUAUUUGUUGUUAGUUUGCUCUCUAUGUUCAUGCAUUCACCUAUAGAGACACGCUUCACAGCGGCUAAAAGAUUGUUAAGGUAUAUUAAAGGAACCAACAAGUUUGGCAUUUUUUCCCAAGAUCUGCCAAAGUAA